CUAGAACGGGGCGGGUCGGAAGUAGAUACCCAUGCCCCGACCCACGCUACUGCGGGUCGGGUAAUACCCUCCCCAUCGCAGGUCAGGUCGGGUAAUACCCGCGAGGCGGGUUGAAAUUGCCAUCACUAUGGAAUAUAUGGUUAAAUAUGAGAAGUUGCUAUUAUUUUGCCAUUCUUGUGGCAGAAUUGGUCAUCCUAAACUCAGAUGCCCACGACCGUCGAACCUUGAGGUGGAUCCAUUUGGGUUAGAGAUGCGAACAGGGGCGCCAGGACCAAGGAACUGGCUGUCUCAUAUAGCUAAGAAGGAGGAUGUCAAAAUUUGGGCUAUCCUGAAGAAGAAGUUUGAGAUGGAUUGCACAGUUUCUAAUUUUGAGAAUGGAACCCCUCUAGUAAGAGAGGAGGUUGAAGGAACCAGUAAGGAGGAAGCUCUGGGAGGAGAGAGGAAUGCAAGGGAGAUGGAGCAGCCAGCUGCUAUCUCGAUGAAGGAUAACAGUAGGAACAAACCACAGAAGCCUCUCGAGGACAAUGUACCUACUACAAAGGGACAAGGAAAGGGAUUAAAUCGGGAGAAAGAAGUGGCAGUGGUGGGAGCCUUACAAAAAUUCAAGAUGGAUAAUGGGGUGGGUCUUAUAACAAGGCGGCACACGAGGAAUGUAUGGUGUAGGCAAGAACAGAAAAAAGAGAGAACUCAACAAGAAACUCAACUCACUCCACAGAAGAGGAAUGUGGACACACAGGGAGGUGAAAUGCACAUAGACUUUGAAGUUCCAAAACAUCCGAAGAAAGCAAAAGUUUUGGAUUUUCAGGUGGGUCAGGAAAAGGAUCAGCAGGGGAGACAAAAUAAUUUGGAUGGCGAUUUGGCGGACUCUGUCAUAGAACAGAGCCGCCCAGCCCAAUGAAUAUACUCAACUAUAAUUGUCGAGGGUUGGGGAAUCCCUCGACAAUUAAGAAAGUUAGGUCUUUGUUACAAAGACAAAAUCCACAAAUAGCUUUCUUGAUGGAAACAAAAAAAAAAGUCUCACGAGUGGAGGGAAACAAUGAGGAGUUUGGGUUGGAAGGAUGGUUUUGGUGUCGGUUCGGUAGGAAGAGCAGGGGGCCUAAUGGUCCUGUAGCAACCAGAAAUCAAGGUGGAGAUUAAGGGAUACUCAAAUAAUCACAUUGACAAAAAAAUCUGUGAUGAGGGCAAGGAAUGGAGGUUAACUGGGGUUUAUGGAUGGCCAGAACAAGGUAAUAAACCCCGCAUGUGGAAUUUAAUAAGACAAUAAGUGACCU